AAAUAGAAAAUGAUUCUUUAGGUCAAACCAGUGUAUGACGCCAUCAUCCCAUUAGAUUGAGGUCGAGAUUUUGUUGUCGGUAGAAGAAAAUCGCGGCUAUGGCUGACCAGAAACAGCAAGAAGUUAUCAAUUCAUGGGGUUUAAAAUCAUGGACGUACCUCUCAUCUCUCCGGCAACAAUCGCCAUUAAUACAAUGCAUCACCAAUUUCGUAUCCAUGGAUAUAAUGGCCAAUACCCUCUUAGCCGCCGGUGCAUCACCAGCUAUGGUCCACUCGAUUCUCGAAAUCCCAGACUUCACUCCUCAUACAAAAUCCGUCCUUAUAAACGUCGGAACCCUCACCCCAGAUUGGUUGCCGGCCAUGAAAGCUGCCGCCGGUCUAGCAAAGCAAUUGGGCAAGCCUUGGGUUCUCGAUCCAGCUGCCGUUGGUGCUUCUAGUUUCCGAUUAAAGGCAUGUCUUGAGCUUAUUGAACUUAAACCUACUGUUAUUCGAGGAAACGGGUCCGAGAUUAUUGCUCUUUCCAUGGCUUCCAUUGGUUCCACCAAGGGUGCCGAUAGCUUGCACGAAUCUAGUGAUGCUAUUGAAUCCGCGAAAUCUUUAGCGAAAUCGAGCGGCAGUAUAGUUGCGAUUUCAGGAUCGGUUGACUUUGUUACAGAUGGUGAAAGAGUUGUCGGUGCACAUAACGGAGUUCCGAUGAUGCAAAAGAUAACGGCGAGCGGAUGUUCAGUCACUGCUCUGAUUGCUGCUUUUGUUGCAAUUGACCCAACACACGCCUUUGAAGCAACUGCAUCUGCUUUUUCUGUAUUUGGUUUGGCCGGCGAGAUCGGAAUGGAAUUGUCAUUAGGUCCGGCGUCACUGAGAAUGCAUCUGAUUGAUUCCCUCCAUAGGCUCGAUCAAGACACUGUUCUUGAUCGUGUUACCAUCACUAGCUUCUCGUGAAAUUCGACAAAAUGAAUUACCAAUCUUUUGUAGUUAUUAUUGUCUUGUUUGCUUUUGUUAAGUUUGAUCAUUAAGAUAGUUCAAGAUUCUUUCUUCAAAGAGCAAGAGGAUGAACUCCAACAUAAGACUGUGUUGCAUCGAUAUAAGAUAUACCGACACUUUGGUUGUUAUAAUGGAUCAUUGUUUAAAUAAUGGUAAUAUUGAUCAAGUGAAAGUUACAAAUAA